AUGUCUUUCCAUAUAGAGUCCCGCUAUGCCCGCCUCAAGAUUCGCCCAUUCCUCCUGCAAAGAGCCCCUGUCCUGCCAGUGAAUUUGGCCGAGCUCACCGAGACACACUGUGGAAGGGCGAUUAUUACACUAGGAACGCCUCAAGUCAGCCCAGACUAUGGCCGUCUAGCCUCAACUCAGUUUACCCAGUUGACGCAGGCGCGCAGAUCCCCCGCAGUGUCCCUUUGCGCGAGAGGCAACGCUGACGCCGUCGCGACCGUUUCCUUUGCCAACGGCGCGGAUGUCCGCAAACCGCUGGACGAAAACAACGGAAUGUCUCAGGAGCCAGGAAAGCCGCUCGCUUGUGCGGAUUACAUUGCGUUGUGGACACUUUCGGGGGUUUGCAUAUCCGAGCAAGAGCAAGCCCACGGCAGAGACCAAGACCGCAAUUCACUUUCCGAUAUCGCCUCUUGCAGUCGCAGCGCCACCAGGCCUAGCGACUUUACACAGCGAACCGACCUUGAUCCCCUUUCCCUCCAUAUUUUACACUACAACAUUCGACAAUCUACCCGCGUUGGCUCACCUGAAUCUCGCAUUUUUCGACAGGAGGGGUUUUCAUUCCCCACGGGAACUGUACCAUACAGCGAAGGGGAAGGGGGGAGGGAACAGAAGAACAACAAGCUAAUAAAGGGCAGCGUGGUACCGACAGCAACAUCAGGAGCGCAACCCGCAGCCUGCCAGGCCACCGCCAACCGAGCGUGCCAACCGACCAACCAAACCAGCCCUGCCCCUGAAGGGGAGAAGGGGACGGCGAUAUGCUGCCCCCUGACCCACAAGAUAGGUACGGUGGUACUGCUGAUCGCGGCGGACUUGCAACUUUUUUCCUUCAAGGUGGGAAGCUUGAAUAAGUGGUUCAUUUUGCUAACCGAACAAGGUAUCCUUUCGCCCGGCUGUUCCUGCGGCACGGAGCCAAGCUCUCCCCCGUACGGAGGUGGGAAAGGAUCAUCUGUGCCUGGCGGUAGCAAGGCCAUCCAUCUAAUCCAUUCGCUGGGCAGAAGUGGAAAGGCAGAUGAAUCGGCGUUUUCGAAAUCCUCUUCAACCUCUGGCUGGACACCGGGGGAAUCGGGGAUGAUGAUGUGGUUCAGACUUCAUAGUUCAGACCUUUUCAACGGGGCUGCAGAGUUUCCCCAGUUUAGGAGAGUUGUUGUGAUAAUACACUCCCCGUGGGCUCACGGAGGUCUAUCACAGGAGACAUUUUCCGAAACACAGGUUGCCUCCUUUCGGUUUUCUCCAGUGCCUUUCCCCGUUCAUCAAUCUCUCUCCCACUCCCGUGGCCGCGGGACUACAAGCGGGGGGUCCGGGUUUCCCGAUAUACAAUGCUCGGAUUUGAACAUGACUAGAAUACACAGUAUUCUCUCCGCUAUACACCAGAUGACCCGGGAAGACUGCAUUUGGAGAUUGUUGAUUUUUGAGUGUAAAUGUGGUUCCUCUUCUUCUUUCUUUCAAGCUUCUUCCCCCUUCCCCCUUCUGGGGCGGCGGGCCCCAAGCUUCUUUCUCUUCUUCUUCUCGUCGCCCCCGCAAUACCGGCGAGCGGUGGAUUGGUCCCCUAAUGCCUCUUUGACUCCCGCUGCCGGCGUGCCGCGACUGGGGUGGUUUGGACAACAUUCAUUUCGAGGGAAGGGUAAAGGAAGCACACUCAACACGGGCGGUAAACAUGCGUCCAUCCUCCGCGUACAAACUCUCUGCCUCAUUUGCCCCAGCCGGCCGGGGGUCGGUGCUCAACAAGGUAUCCAGCUACGAAGCAGUCGCCGAAAAACUCUGUAUCUAGAGAAGAUCAGUGGGAACAAGAAUCCCCGUCACCUUCAGACCGGUAACCCCCCCGAGUCAUAUUACAGCGAACGGACGAGCACGUUUCUCCAGUUCAGGGUCACCCGGGGGGGCUUCUGCGGGCACAGCGAGAUGAGAAAGCAUGUAGAAGAAAAAAUGAGGGAAUUAUUACUGGUAUCCCAAGUUCUCAACAACAAAAAUCAAAAUGGAGCUUUCAUCGUGGAGUUUUAA